AUGUCCGUUUAUUGCUACCCUUCAAUGGGUUCUCUCAUCCGAUUUAUCGCAGGGAGUUCUUUGGCCCUCAAUAGAAUUGAGAGCUUUGCAAAGAGGUGGAUGUGGUCAAGUUCAUUAAGAUUGGAAGAUUACGCUGAACUGGACUUGUCUCUCGAAUUGAUUGUUUCGGAACUCUCAAACUACUAUUGUCGGAGAGACUGCACAGGAGCAGGAAGACCUACUUCAAGGAGGCUGGAUAGAGUGUCUGUGGACUGA